GCGACAAGGGUGACCGCGGUAUCCCCGGUGAGAUUGGAACCCCAGGCUUCCCCGGCCAGAAGGGUGACCGUGGAGACGAUGGUCUGCCAGGAAUUCCCGGAGAGGACGGUCUGCCGGGAGUGCAAGGCGAGAAGGGAGAUCCCGGCCAGCCUGGCUUGACCAUCACCGGACCACCUGGACCCCCUGGACCUGCUGGACGUCCCGGUUCUCUCGACGUCAUCCCAGAGUUUGAGGCUGGACCUAAAGGUGACCCCGGCGAGCCAGGUCUGCCUGGAAUGCCCGGACAGAUUGGACCAGCGGGUAUCCCCGGACCCCCAGGAGAUCGUGGAUUCCCCGGACUUGUCGGACCAGUUGGACCCAAGGGCCAGCCUGGCUUGACCAUCACCGGACCACCUGGACCCCCUGGACCUGCUGGACGUCCCGGUUCUCUCGACGUCAUCCCAGAGUUUGAGGCUGGACCUAAAGGUGACCCCGGCGAGCCAGGACUGCCUGGAAUGCCCGGACAGAUUGGACCAGCGGGUAUCCCCGGACCCCCAGGAGAUCGUGGAUUCCCCGGACUUGUCGGACCAGUUGGACCCAAGGGCACCUCCGUCAUCGGGCCACCCGGUAUUCCUGGAGAGCCAGGCUUCCCCGGCAGCAAUGGUGAGGUGGGAUCGCGCGGACCCCAGGGCUUGCAAGGACCCCCCGGACCCCCCGGACCUCCAGGACCAGCCUCUGGAGCUGGCACCGGUGUCUGGAUUGACGGCAGUUCUGGAGACGGAGAACUUGAACCCGGACCCCCUGGACCUCCUGGACCCCUGGGACCUGUCGGACCCGAGGGACCUCCUGGUGCCGCCGGACCCAAGGGAGAGCCCGGAUUUCCCGGACUUGAUGGUGAGCCUGGUAUUGACGGAACUCCUGGCCAGCCAGGUAUCCAGGGUGUGCCAGGUCUGCCUGGCAAGUUUGAGGGCAACAUGGAGGACCUGAUCGGACCGCAGGGACCCCCAGGACGUGCCGGAAUCCCGGGGCCUGUUGGACCAGAGGGACUGCCGGGUGUGACUGGACAACAGGGAGAGAGAGGGCCAGAAGGACCACUUGGACCCAAGGGAGACCCAGGUGUUGCUGGCAUGCCAGGACUUCCCGGUCAGAACGGCCAGACAGGCUUGCCUGGUAGAGACGGUAUUGACGGUAUACCAGGAGCUCUUGGACCAAUGGGACCCCCUGGACCCCCCGGACCCCCAGGACCUACUGGGUCAGGAAGUGGAACAGUCUUCUUCGGCAGUGGUGACGGUGAACUGGAGGGUACUCCCGGACUCCCCGGACCCCGUGGCUUGCCAGGACCUCAGGGACCACAAGGUAUCCAGGGUCUGAGAGGCCCGAUUGGACAGCCAGGACCCCGCGGAGAGGAAGGAAUUGUGGGACCCCCUGGAGAUAAAGGAGAAAGAGGAUUUGACGGAGAACAAGGUAUCCCUGGCAACCAUGGAGAGCCUGGAACCCCUGGCCGUGCUGGACCCCAGGGACCACAGGGAGAAGCAGGUCUGCCUGGACUGGAUGGAGAUAGAGGUCAAAAGGGAGAUAGAGGCGAGCCAGGCCCAGCUGCCCCCAUCCCCCCGGCACCACUCUCCAAGCCAGGACCCCAGGGACCCCAGGGUCUGCAAGGACCCCCAGGACCCCCCGGACUCCCAGGCCGACCAGCUGUGGCGUUGUCCGACUCAACAGUUGAGGUGGCUGGUGAGCCUGGCCUUCCGGGUGAAAAGGGAGCAAAGGGUGAGCCUGGUAUUAUCGGUUUGCAAGGAUUCCCAGGAGACGUUGGCCGUUCAGGAGCACCCGGCUUGAAUGGAGAGCCAGGAGAGCCCGGAAUGGAUGGACUGCCUGGACCUAAGGGAGACACAGGAGAGCGUGGUCUUGUCGGUCUCACCGGACCUCAAGGACCCACUGGACUUCAAGGACCCCCAGGACCUCCCGGAGAAGUGAGAGAUGUCAGCGGUGGUCUUGGCGUCCUCGGACCGAAGGGCGAGCCAGGUGAGCCAGGACCUAUUGGUCCCCGCGGACCGGUCGGACGCAGAGGAGAGAUGGGUCUCCCAGGAUUUGUUGGACGUCCUGGCUUGCGUGGUCGUCGUGGACCGGCUGGUUACGGUGUGCCAGGAGAUAAGGGAGAGCGUGGUUUCCCUGGCCGCCCAGGCAGAACUGCCAUUUUGGACGCCAGCACUGCAGCUGCCCUGCCCGGACCUAAGGGAGAUGAGGGAUCAAGAGGACCUCGAGGUGUGGCUGGACCCCAAGGACCCCCCGGACCCCCAGGACCCGCAGGGACUGGUGCUGGGCCUGAUGGAGUUAUUCUGGCAGAGAAAGGUGAAAAGGGUGAGAAGGGCUUCCCUGGAAGAGAUGGCAACGAUGGUAGACCAGGAAGAGAGGGACCCCAGGGUGCGGAUGGUGACACUGGUCUCCGCGGACCCCCCGGACCCCCUGGACCCCCAGGCUUGUCCAACAUUGGAUCAUUCGGCAGCGGUGAUGGCGAGGUGGUUAUCAGGGGACCGGCCGGACCAGAGGGACCCGUCGGACCUCAAGGAGAGAGGGGCCCACGUGGACCAGCUGGCGUCGGAAUCGAGGGACCUCGCGGCAGACCGGGACAGGCUGGUCUCCCAGGACCACCCGGAUCUCCAGGCUUGGGAAUUGCCGGACCCCCUGGACCCCCCGGAACACCAGGAAUCCCCGGAGAGAGCACCGGAAGUGGGCGGGACCGUUACAGAGGACCCCCAGGACCCCCAGGACCUCCGGGACCCCCAGGGCCUCUCGGUGGAGUGGGAAGUGGCGGCACGGAGACCGUCAUCGGCUUUGGAAGUACUGUGGGAGCUGGCGGCAGCAGGGGUGCUGUGGUCUACGAGAACAUGAAUGCCCUCUUGCAGGCUGCAUCCAAUCUUCCAGUAGGCAUGCUGGCCUUUGUCAUUGACCGAGAGUUUGUCUACGUGCGUGUCCGCGAUGGUCUUCAGAUGGUGCAGCUUGGACAGACGAUAGCCCUCCCAGUCGAGAGACCUACUAGUACCAAUGAGGCGUUCACUGGCGAAGAUGGCGAUGUCAUUAUUGAUACUGUGACGCUCCACUGGGAUCUUUCCAACAACGGGCCUGUGAACAGUACCUCGGCGGUUGACAGAGACGAGGAGGAGAAGAACAUGUAUCUGCGCCAGCUGGAAGAGAGGAAGAGGCAUAGAGAAGAACAAGAACGACAGAGGAAGAUCAUGGAAGCGGAACUGGCCAGGUUAGCGCGGGAGAGAGAGAAGGUCGAAACAAGAAGGAAUGGCGAGAGAUCUAGGCUAGAGAGAGAGAGGCAACGAGAAGAAAAGAGGAGAAAGAGGCUGGAUGCUCGGAGGAAAGCCGAGAAAGACCAGAAAAGACAAAGAAUUGAGGAAGAGAGAAAACAAAGAAUUGAGGAGGAGCGAAAACAGCAAGAAGAACGCGAAAGACGAAACGAGGAAGAGAGAGAAAGACAGAGACUGGAGGAAGAGAAGAAGCGCAGAGAGGAGUUGGAAGAAAAGAGGAAUCAAGAAAGAGAGAAGAUAGAGAGAGAACGCCAGAGAUUGGUGGAGGAAAGGAAGCGGCAGGUGGAGGAGAGGAAGCAGCAAAGACUGGAGAUGGAGAGAAGACGGCAGGAGGAACGCGAGCGAAGACAGAGACAGCGCGAGCAAGGCAAUGGCGGGACAAACGAGCCUCCGAGCAACGUCCGUCAGCACCGAGACCGAGCCCGUCUGGAGGAAGAGCUCCGGCGUCGGGCUCGACUCGACCGGGAGGAACGACUCAACCGGCGCCGAGACCGGUACAACCGACGCCGGAAGCCGGGCGUGGUUACCGUCAACGUGCUGGACAACAGGGACGAGGAGAAGGAGGAGGACGAGAAGAAGGAGACCCCCGUCAAUGUAGCCUUUGAAGUCCUGCGGACCACAGAGGCACCGCCAAUCAACAUCAUCCCUCCACCAAGUUAUGCUACCGGUCGCAUGCUCCACCUUGUUGCCCUGGACAAACCACUGGCAGGAUCUAUGCGUGGUAUCCGUGGAGCCGACUACGAGUGUCACAGACAGGCUCGCCGCAGCGGACUGAGGGGAACCUAUCGCGCCUUCCUCUCAUCCGCCACACAAAACCUCAACUCUAUCAUCUACUACUCUAGAGAUAGGCAGAUUCCUAUUGUGAACAAAAAUAAUCAAAUUCUGUUCAAUUCCUGGGAGAUAAUGAUUGAUGGAGGUGGUGCUAAGUUCAACACCCAGGUCCCCAUCUACUCAUUUGAAGGCAAAGAUGUUAUGGUCGAUGGACAGUGGCCACAAAAGUACAUCUGGCACGGAUCUACUCAGAGGGGAGAGUUCAGUGCCGGCAAGUUCUGCGACAAGUGGCAUUCUCGCUCCACCACCAACAUGGGCCGUGCCAGCUCCCUGAUCAAGCACAUGCUGCUGGACCAGGAAGAGUACACGUGUAACAAUGCGUUCAUCGUGUUGUGUAUAGAGAACACAGCCCGGCGGAACUUCUAAGCUGGGGCCACUGAGAUUUCAAUGUAGAUGAGAAACAAGAACCUUGCAGUGCUGAAUGGAGAGAAUGAAAGGAAAUGUAGUUGCUUUGCCUUUCACUUGUGUGUUGUUGAAGGAGAGGAGAUGUGGAAGGCCAGCAUGCUGGUUGGCAUUUUUACAGUUUGUGUAAUCUCUUGUACAUUUGUCCUCUAGAUGAGCUUCUCAUACUAUAGUCGUCAGCAUUAAGUAUUAUCUAUUUUAUCUUGAGCUGUACUCCAUUAGUGAGCCGUAGAGUACAAUUUGAAAUUCUUUGAAUCUGUUUUUUAUCUGAUGUUUCAUUUAAUUUUUACAACAAUAAACAAAACAAACAGAAAGGUGAUGGUAAUUUAGAACAUCAGUUUUUUUCAUAUGCAAGGUCUGUGAGAGAAUGUUAUUCAGAGGAAGAGUGAAAGGGAAUCGCGGGAUGAACCAAUGAAAGUGCUUCUUGCAUGGACAUCAUAAUCCUGACUUUUCAGUUGUACUAAUCUAAAUGUGUUUUUAUUUUUUUAAUGGUUUAUGUUAAGAAGUCUCAAAAGUCAACAAUAUUCAAGUGCCUUAUGUAUAGAACAUAUAUGCUAUUGUGCAGUAUGACUGCUGACACAUAUACUUUCCUCUGAGCGAGGGCCCAUCCGUAGGGUACUUUUGUUUUGUAAACGGAAGAAUGCCCAAGUCCCAACAAUUAAAAUGAAAAACUAAAAUCAAGCUUUUGAGUUUAUAUCAAUGUUAAGUAUGUUUUAUAUAUUACGAGGAAGAUGAUCUCUCCUAGAGAAAUAGCUAAGGGUUACUUAAUUAUUAGUUAUUAAUAGCAUAGUCAUAUGUAGACAUACGUACUACCACAGACUUGUUCCAGUUUUUAGGAGGAGGAGCAUUAUGACAGAGACUUGUCAAUAGAAAAUGUUCUCGUCAUGACGGUUCUGUGAGGUCUGAUGUACGCUUUUUUCGAAAGUGCAACACACCAAGAACGUAGUAGUUGGGCAUGUGCAAAAGUGCAGAUGAAAAAUGAUGACUGAUUUGAAUGUGAGAAUGUCUGAGAAUUGGAAAGGAACAGCUGCAACUUCUGACUAUCAAUGUAUCAAACUGAAAAAUGAAAUUGAUGCACUUUUGAAGCUGUUGUUUCCAUGUGAAAGGAAAGCCAGUCAGUGUGAGGUGAUCUGAAACUUGAACCCUGUGUACAUUGCUUUGUGUACAAUCAUCAUACUGUAUACGUGUCUAUAGGAGCCUGGUGGAGAAGAAUGAUCCGAAAGUGGCAUUGCAAUGUGUGAAAAGGGUUCUUUCAUCUCAUUCUGUACAAGGAGGGCAGAGUCCCAUUUCUAUAGGGAACAUUCACAUUGUGUGAUGCUUCUUACACAGAUUUCAUGUGUACAUUUAUGCUACAGCUUCAUGCAGGAUUUGACAUCUAUUUCUCGUUCGUGACCGGAACAAACAAUACAUCAUUCCCUAGAUCAAACCUUCAUUAAAGCAGUGCAGCUAGAUUAUUUCUUGACGAGUUCAAUUUUCUGCAUAGUUACUUCACUAAAAACAAAAACUCAUUGAAAAAAAAUUUGCUUGAAGUCUUUGAUUAUUUUCCCCUUUUGGGCCUGUUUUUUUACUGUAAUGAGUUCAAAACAAGAAUGUGUUGCAAGAAUUUUCUGGAGGCUAGACUGAAAUUUAUUUGCUGUCUUAGGAAUAAGGACUAUGUCUUUGACACUUUGGAGUUGCCUCCAGAAGCAGGUCUACAGACCAGCCCUUUUAUUUCGCUUGUCCCGGUCACUCAGCAUUGUCUGUUUUUAAAUGGGUUUUUUUGUUUUUUGUUCUGUUCUAGUUUAAGUGUGUGUUUUGUAUUUUUUUUGUUUGGGUUAUUUUUUUGGAGAGGGAAGGAGGGGGUUGUAUUGUUAUGGGUUUUUUUGUUUUUUUUACACUAACUCGCUUGUGUCAUGUGCCAGAACAGACUGACAGAUCAGAGCAACUGUUUGGCUAGCACGAUAGUUUUGUGAGACACAGGACACACCAAGUCUUCACAGCUCUUGGUAACAAGAAGAGAAAAUCCCCAAAGCUUUUACCACAUUUUGCUUUGCGCUACCAGUGUAGGCUGUUCAUGUAAAAUUUCAAUGAUUUGUUCUCUCGAGUAUUGCUAUCUUUAUUUUAAAGUUUGCUUCUGGGUGAAUAAGAUCUACGAGGAAAAAUGUGUAAAUUAAUCAUGUUAGAAAAAAGAUCAGAGAAAUAUUUCCUGCAGUGUAGUUCUGUUCUGGCACAGUGCACAAACUGUUUCGGUGCAUGUGCACUCACGCUGAAUGUACAUUUUUGUACAUAAAACUGACAUGUCUAAAUGAGACUGAGCUCAAAACUACAGUAAGGUAAAUAGGAUAUUGAGUGUUACAUUUUUUUCUAGAAAUUUAUUGUUUGGAUAUCUUUAUUGUGUUCAGUCCCUUUUCCGGGCUUUAGGGUGGUAAAUAAAUUUUUUUCCUCAAAUGCUGUGGUUCAUAAAACAAGAGAGGAAUUCUCCCACAGAACCACAUUAAAUUUGUGUUGCUUUUUAUUUAGUGAGUGCACAUAACAUUUUUGUUCUUUUGAUGUUAAAACAUCCAUUGACAUGCCAUGAACAAUUCUCAUUAAAGAUGGUGCAAAUCUUCAACUCAUGAAGUCAUAUUGAAACUCAUCAUUUCAAUACAACUCUUUUUCAGAAAGGAUUUGUUAUUGCUUUUCUUUUUGAAUAUUUAUGGCCUAGAUUCUAUGUUCAGUAAAAUAACUCCCCAAAAGAGUGUAUCCAGCCCCCCACAUGAUACAUCAUUUGAAGUUCACAAACAAUUCGUUGUCAGAAGCUAUUUUCUUCUCCCUUUUUUAAAAAUAUGUCAAACUAUAUGCAUGCUUUUUCUGUAACAUUAAUUUUUCUAAUUGGGGAAACAGAAGCUGGUGCCGAGAGCUUCAAAUUUCUUCAAGAACGGACACCAUUUUUCACUUGACUCUAUCACCAGCAGUCAUGACUACCACUAUUUAUAAUGAGAUUUUGGAGCUGUUGCGUUAAUCUACGGUGGUGUGCUUGUGUUGAGCAGUGCCACUAGAAAUAGCCAUCAGACUCGUAUUUUUCCCGAGUGACAUCCCUCGUGCUUCACAUACAGCAUAAUGGUGAGACUGCCACACAAGUUCAGAUCUACUCUCGUAUACUCGUAUGUCAUCCAAAGGUCUGGACACUGCUUCAUUCUAUACUCGUAAUUAGUAUACGUAUACAUCAUUGACAGAUCUGCCUAUUGCUUUGCACUUUUACUCUCUCAGAUGACUAGUAUGGUGUAAUUGAAGUCUUGUGAAGCUCUUAUUAAAGUUACAUGAUUUUAAUAAUUUGUUUGGUUAUUUAUUUUAUUUUUUUUACUAUUUAUUUCAUCACUUUUUUUUUUCCUUUUCUUCACAAAAAGAAGACUUUGUCCCUUAGUAUAUAUUGUGAUUGCUUUGCUAUGAGGUUACUUCUUUUAUCAAUUUAUAAACAAUGAGACCUGGUGAAUAUUGCAAGAAAAAUCCUCAAGUGCUUGCUGUAAAUGACAUUUCUUUCUCUGUUUUAUUCAGUGGGAGAUGUCUAUGUAUCUUGUACAAAGCUAUUUGUUUGUAUUAGUUGCUUUAGGGCCACCAUGUGAUAUCUAUCUACACAGAGUACGAAAAGUGUUCACCAACCCCCCUCCUCAAGUAAAAGUUUAAAUUAAAUUGGACUUAACGUUGAGCUACUUUUAGUGAAAAGCCAGCAAAUAAUUUUUAAUUUUUCCAUAAUACAAUAGGCUCUUCUUGAUUGGCGUUUGAAGUUUUUUCUGUUAAAGUUCCCGCCCCACUUACCCGUACCUCUCGGAGUUUAAAUUUGUAGAAAACACACAAAAAAAGAAACAUUUUCUGAGUUCUGUUCAUUUUGGGGGAAACAAACUCGAGGCAUGUGCAGUUCUUUGUGCAUUUUUGCAAUCAACUUGGUGUAGUACCUAAUGAUUUUGCUUUGGUUUGUUAGCCUAUUCUAACUUGUAUUCAUCCACUUACUGACCGAAUUUAUCAUUGUGACUGCUUCAUAUUUCAUUUCAUUAAUGUUCAUAUUAUUAUUUUCUCUGUCCUUGUUUUGGCUUUAGUAUUGUAGUUUGUUCUGUUGGCUGUUUUAUUAUACGAAUGUUUUAUCUCGUUUUGUUCUGCUUUGUCAUGAUUUCUGCAUUGAAGGAGAUAUGUACGAAAUGAGAGCUAUAUGGUAAGGCAAUUAAUGAUUGAAUAAUAUUUAUACUAUCACCAACAUCCUCAGAAAGCAGCCUGUCACACUUUCAUGUACAAAUUAUGCUCUACCCAAACCCUUGUCCCUUCAGCAAUCACUUUCUUGUUCCCUCCACCCCCAUGGUAGUUUGUCUAGCCAUCGUAAAGCUAUACCAGAGGAGGAGAAUGAUGUGUUUGCUUAGAGCGGAUCACGGAACUUUUUAGGUUAGUUUAACUGAACAAUUCUUUUUGUUGUUUAAUUUUAUACAAGCAUCUAAAUUUAAUUCAAUAACGGUCUCUGGUUUGUUGAAAAAUAGCUUAGGCCAGUUAUACUUACGUUGCUUCACUAUAUGUUGUAGCAGUACCCAUCAGUUAAUGGUGCCUUCGCUUGACACUCAAGUUACUACACUUUUUCUAAAAGUCUUGACUAAAAAAGAAAUCAUCGGUUCAAAAUGGCAUGUAAUCAUUAGCAAGAAUCAUUUGAAAGUUAAAUACAUUGUUUCUUGUUUUUCCUGUGCAAGGUAUUCAUAAGCAUUCUAUUCAUUUCCAAGCACACUAGGCCUGCUUCUGUAUCUUAUUAUGGCAGAGUUGUGGAGUAAAACUGGUCUGCCUGGGGUGCAGUGUUUUCAUGACUGUAUUGCUUACGUUACCCGUUCCACAAUAUGUUUUCUAUUCUUUUGUAAAAAUUUUUAAUGUAGCAAUUAUCAGAAGCAUAUUUGUCGUAAGGUGAAAUGAACUUAGUGUGCCCUGUAGGGUUAGUCCCAACAAGGUCCUGAUGUAGACUGCGCUUUUUGUUCAAUAAUAGUCUAUAAAAUACUGGUGAUAUUGGCCCCUUUUUCACUUCAGUUUCUCCACAUUUAGAUAAUGAAGGUAGCAAAACAAACAAAUGAUCUGGUGAUACUUUUUAGAACAGUUUAUCUGUGAACUUGGUACAGUUUUUGGUUCAUAAAAUUCUCUUGUUAAAAAGUUGGAGAAAGGUAUAUGUCCAGUGUUACGUACCUAUAUCAAAUACCUUUUCUGUAAAUUUUCAAGAAGUCGUCACUGCGAACGCAAUAAAAAACCAAAGUUCUAUGGUGCUACAAUUCAGUAAUUAAUAAUAUAUACUAUGCAACAACA